AAAUUUGUCAUUAAGAUGUAAUUAAUUCAAAGGUGUAAUCUCCAUGAUAAUUGCUGUGUGCUUAUUCCUGGCCAACACUACCAUAUUUUACACUUUCACUGUUCUGCUUCUUGGAGUUCUUGGUGGUACUACCUGCUUGACCUGAGUCCAGCAGUGAUGGAGGAAGGGAUGGCAAACUUAGAAGCAAGACUUCAAUCUCUCUGAGUCCAGCAAAACAUCAGGGCUUAGCAGAGAUGCUGCGUGGGGUCACCAAAUGUCCUUAGGUCCUGGGAGAGGCUUCAGCUUGCGCUGUAGGUGAAAUUCUUCAGUUCUUUCCAGUGAGUUCAGAUGGAGGUUAGUAGGCUGGGAGGUAAAGGGAUCCGCAUUUCGUAUAGUACCUGGUAAUGUCAUGUACAAACAGUUUAUUGAUGCGGUGAUGCAGUUUUUGGUCUUGAAGUUAGUAUCAUGAAAAUUUAAUAUAAAGUUAUUUGUGUUAUUUCAUGUGGCUUCUCCUGACGCUGGACAAUGUAAAUGGAUUCUGGUAUAUGGAAAUUAUCCAAAUAUUUGAUAUAUGAACUUGUUCUGACUGGACUAAGGAGUAAAAGGGAGAAGAGAGAGUGAUGAUACAUUUUUAUUCUUUUCUUAUGUUUCAUCCAUGUGGUUCCCAACUUCCUUAAAAGGAGUCUAUUUUUAAAAGCAAAAUUAUUGCUUGGUUUCAAGUUUCUGGACAUUUUGUGAUCACCGCAGCACUUAUUCAACCGUGACUUUGCAGUAUUGCUCUUGACUCAAUAGCCAAACUUUUCCUUAAAUAAUGGUACCAGAGGACACGGCACCCUGUUUUGGUAUCCUGCUGCAGUCAUUGCUAAGCAUGGGCCCUGAUGACGCUCAACUAUUGUGAAAACCCUUUAAACUGCUGACAAAAUGAUGACUCAUGGUCACCUGAUGAAAACAGAUUCAUUACCAUGACUGCAGAAACUUCAGAUCCCAUGUAAGUGUUUCACUUCCCACACUAGUUCUCCUAAAAGGGAUGAUGAUGCAGUUAUUUUCUAACAGUUGACAGCUGCUCAAUUAAGCUGCGACAGUGUGGUUGGCAAAAACGAUAAAUUCCAGACUUUUUUAAUAAUAGUUUAAGGAACUAAAAAUCUGUAUGAGCUGUGAAGAAGUCAUCAGCAUUAUUUGCAGUGUUACUUGGAGUGUUUUCUGAUCAAAUUAUACAUCUUAGAUUUCAUUUACCACUACUGAAUUAAGUUGUUCUUAUAGUGGAUCUGACCCAAACCUCACUGAAGUCAAUGGGCUUUGGAUCCGAGCCUGUAGGAGCGUGUUGGCAGCACGCUGGAACUGAGGACAUGCUAAUUUAUUUCAUUAGCAGCCUUCCACAGUUCAAUUUAUUUGUCUUUUAAAAAUCCAGUCUGUCUAUUAUGUCAAUGUCUAAACAAGUUAGAUUGGAAAAAUAUUGAAACGUGAUACUUUGAAAUUAAAAACGAUUUAUAUUUUAUUAAUUAAAUACGGAAAGAGUAAAAUGAAAAACCCUGUGUUGCGAAGUUGUGAUUAGCCAGGUGCUGUGAAAAGAUGGAUAAAGUGAAAAUAGAAUUAUGGGGGGAAAAAAAGUGAAAUUAGACUUCAGGUGUGUAUGAUUCUAUUGUUAUAAAGCAGAGAAAGGUGCUCAACAAGUAACAGAAUGUAAGGUAGUGUGGAAUGGUAUGUUCACUCUUAAAUGAUCUGCUGGUGAUUUUUGUCUUACACCAGUUUCCCUCUUUUGACUGGAAGUAUUUCAAACUUAAAAUGUUGUGAGACACCACGCUUAAAAAAAUAAAAAUAUCAAGUGAUUUCAAAUGUGUAUGAGUGAAACUUUUGCUAGAAUGGACAAUGUUGGUGCGUGUAUGGGACCAAUAUAAAAAUAUUCUUUUAUCUUUCUUUUUAAACAGAUGUUGACUAAGUAAAAUUCGUGCUUUAAAAUUUAGCAUGCAGACUCCUACGGUGUGGUUUUUUUUUUUAGUUAUGCUCAUUUUGGUUCUUUUUCCAUUUAUUUUCUUGAUGAUCAAUUUCAAACCUAGAUGCUGUGCUAAAAACUGAGACUCCUCUAGUUUGAAAAAGAAUGGUGUGAUUAGAAUGGAAUAUUAAUUUCAGAUGUUAAGAAAAAACAUAGAAGCGAGAUAAAUUUCUUAGCUCCUGUAAUAUCAGUCAUACAAACUAUGUCAACAAAUUACAUAUGGGAAAUUCAUGGUUUACUUUUUUUGUUGGUGGUGUUUGGGGCUUUUUUGUUUGUUUAAUCCCUGACUCCCUUUCCACCAUUUUCAUUACCACAAGCAGUGUGGUAAUGAAGAGGCAAAAAGUUGCAGAUUCAAUAAAGAAAUUUAGUAGUGAUGUCAGAAAUACAUUUGAAAAUCAAACUACAACAUGGAGUGGAGCGGUGUCUUAAUUGACAAAAAAAAUCCUCUUACUGCAGAGGGCAAAUUCUGUAGAGUUUGUCCAUAUUAUUCUGGCCCUUCUACUGGUUUGUAUUGUUCUAUCCUUCUUUUUUUUAGCAGAGUCUGUCUGGUUUUUGCCUUCCCAUGGUAUCGCUUGGCCAAAAGAACAGAAAGAAUAAACACCUUUAUGUAGUGAAUUGUAAUCAGAUUAGCUCUGUAGCUUCAUUUAGUCAGACAAAGAAAGGGUAAAUGAAGAUAAGUCUUGCCAUGCUGUGAUUUCUAUACCUUUACAUAUCAUAUUAACCUAUUUUUAAUUUACCUGCUUCACAGAAUGCAGUAUUUUUAAUGAGGCUUAUACAAAAGACAACUCUGCCUUCUUACUGAGAAACAGUAUUUGUAGCUGAGAGAUUUUCACUUGGGAAAGUGGGCAAAUAAUAGUUUGUGGUCUUGAUCAUGUGCAGAUGGUUUUGAAACAACGUCUUAACUUGAGGGAUUUGAGUGCUUCAAGAUGAUCUUUUCCUGUUGGCUGUGAACACUUUGCCAGGGAAGUACGGUCCAUUUAUGAAGCCUUCAGAGCAAGCGUCAUCUUUCUUGGUUUUGUACUUUCUUGUCUUUGUAACUCUCUUCAUUGAGGCUCCUUUGCUAUUUCUGUUAUCGGUGCAUUUUACAGACAGAAUCUCUUUCGUGACAUCCUGAAUCUACAAGCUUUAGCAAAACAGAGAUUUUAAUCCUUUUUCUGUGUCAUUUUCCAUUUACAUAACAUAUAGCAUUUAGGUGGAGAAUCACCAUAAAGAUGUUGCAUCAAAUGCUUGUUGAAGAACAGUUAGUUGUUAGUCUUGAGGGAGAGAGAGGAAAAAACCAGAAGGAAGAAUGACAUAAUUAUCUCUGGUUUCCACACAAGAAGAUGUGGCACAGCCACACAACAUUUUCUCAGCUUUUUCAUAUUGUUGGUGACUCCAUCCUUGUGCAAUAACUGAACUAAGCUUUAUCCCAUGUCCAAGGUUCACUUCACAUAGCCUGGCUUAGUUUUCAAGAAGUAGUAAGGUGCCUGGUGGAUCUGCCUCCACUCAGCUGGUGAAACAAUGGUUUAUAGAAGAUACACUUAAAAUACAACCUUUCAAGUUCAAGCCAAUAUUCUCCCAUUUUAAACUCAGAGGGUCAUCUUUGUUCAUUGAAUAUACCAGUGAUUUAAUAGCAUUCAUAAUUAAACAAAUAUAUAUGGCUGUGGUUUAUCCUGCUUAGUAUCACACAGAUAAAGGCUGAUAGAAGUGUAUAGCUCUGAACAUAAAGUAUUUGCUGAACUAAAGAGUUAGGAAAGAGCCAAGUCUUGGGCCAUUAAAGAGGAUCUGUUCAAUGCCAAGAUCUCAGGAUCUGACAGUUGAUAGGAUCAUGCAGUAUAUAACUUUUCCUUCUUUAUUUUGACAUUCCUGUAGUAUGAAAGUAAGGGGAGUAAUAUAAGUAGCUGUAUAUAGUGCAUUGCCUUGCCAUAAGAAGGUAAUCUUCACAAGUUGAAGACAAGCUCACAAGAGUUACGCCCUUUGUGGUAUUAUGUAUAAGUCUCUGGUUUUUAUUUUCCUGGGUGUUGAAAUUAUCACGUAGUUGCAAUCCGUAUCUCAGGUAAUUUAUAAACAAUUUAGAUGAUAGGAGUAAUUCUGGCACGUCAAAAAUUGAAAAACAAGUCCACAAAACAAUCGAGCAAAAACACAUUCUCACCUCAAGUGCUGAGUACUGAGUGUUUGUAGGAUGAUAUGAAAUAGACUGAAUAGCAGCGACUGGUGAUUAAAUCUUCGUUGGCUUCCAGGGGCAUCCCAGCGGAGAGAAAUCUUACAGGAGGAUUUGCAGUGAAAGAACAACAUUGGUUUAUAAAUUUCUUCAGAAAAUUGUUAGAAUUUGUCAUUAAUUUUAAAUCUUUCUCAAAGAUGCAUCAAUUGACAUAUAAAAUUGAAUAUUUUAUUUUGCUUUUAUUGUUUUGUGAAAACAAUGAUCUUAAAAGGCUUCCAAAAGUGUUAAGGAAAAUAUUUCUUUGCCUAUAUCCUUUCUUCACCCUGAUAAUUGGCAGGAAUUGUGAUUUGAUUUGCAGAAUGUUUGGAGGAUAUAACUAGGGGUACUUGCUGAUUAUGAACUGAAAAGAUAUUUAGUUACAGAUGCUCAGCAUAAUUCUAUAUAGUUCAGAAAACAACUUGCUAAUUCGAAGCCAUUUUUCUGUAGGGCUAUUGAGGUGGUUCAUAUCUCGUUGUUGUUUUAGAGAAGCCUACAUUAUUAAGCAUGUAGGAACUUUGGGGAUUUAGUCUGGUUUUGUACACUUCUAUUUGAACUACAAUACAGAUUUCCAGAAGGAAAAAUCCAGUGAUGAAGAAUGCAGUUAAAAAUAUUGUAAAUUCAGAAGUGAAAUGAUAUUCAGAUCUCAUUAGAACCUUUUAGUUUGAGUGUCUCUUGCAAGCAUUAGGAAAUCUCACAGUAUUUCAAGCUGCACACCUAGAAAAUCACUUAAAAGCUCUGUUGUUGUGACAAGGUGAGGCAACUGUUAUUCAUGUGCUGUUAUGUGCUCCAAGCAGAGAAAAUGUAGGUGGCAAAAUAUUAAUACAAUUUCCAGAUUUCUGAGUUGGCCGAGCCAUUGGAUCUGUAGCAAAGUGUUAUGAAUACUGCUGAUGAUCACAGAUUGUUAAAACGUAAUAGAAAGUCUCAUCUUCCCAGUGGACUACAAAUUAAAACUAGAAGAAGAAAAUACUGCUGGAAUUGCCAGCAGCAUUGCUUGUCAUGUUCUUUGGAGACCCAUGUGUAAACAGAGCCUCACCUCACAUUCUGUUGCUCUGCCCAUUUGGCAUUCCUUCUUUAGAUGGAGAUAUUAGAUAUUAGGAAAAGUAGAUUGUCAAACAUUUUAGCUUCUUCUUUUUUUUUUUUGUAUUAAGAAGCAAAAAGUGAAGAACUUCAAUGUCACCAUUCACUCUCAUUAGCUGUGGGCUCUUAUAUGGAUUUUUUUGAAAUUAUGUGUAAAUAGUAAUACAGAACUUAUGUCUGCUCUUUGGAGAGUACAGGUGUUCUUGGAAUUACUUAAGCUUGCAUCUUCCUCCUGAGUAUUUCUAGUCCAGGUAAGAACAGGUUGUGUCCGUAACACCAGACUUUAUCUACAUAGAUACUAGUGGCUUCAAAUUGAUGCAAAUCAUAGUUUCAGAAUAGGCAACAUAAUGGUAUUUAAGAGGGUAAGCUGUGAACAUCUGCUGUAUAGUAAUGCCCACAUCAAAAUCUUCUCUGCUGCUGGUGGCUGUCAUCAUAUUGGUACUUGAUGUUGAAAUACGACUUCUUUCUCUUUGGAUUGCCACACAGAUUUAGUGGUUAGACCUUGAUCAGCAAGCGGUGUGCUUAUUUCUCUAAUUCGACCAUCUGCAAAUCAAUUCAGUGAUCCUCAAAACGUUCAGAUUAGUUCCUUUGCCUUUUCAGUAAUAGUUUGGUUCUCUUCAAAAAGUCAGUAUGCUACAUGUUUACAUGUUAAAGUAGUAAGACAUUAGCCCAAAUCUAUUAAAAUAGAAUGUCGUUUAAAUGCAAUGCUGUCUUUUAUCUUAGUAGUGUAAGACUGCACGUGAGCAGGUAACGGGACUGGAAUGAUUAUGCUGCCACCUAAACAGAAAGAAAAUCUGUCACUGAAUACUUAUGUAUUCUGGAGUUUCCCCGCUGUGACUUCCAUAGGAAGCCUCUGCAAUCUGAUUUGAUACAAAAUAAAUUCUCAGGUCUUUCUUGGUAGUUUGCAUCUGUCUUUAGCCAAUUCAUUGAUAUUUCUGGACUAGAGCAAAAGCUGAAUGUUUGCAAAUAAUUCCACAUUGAAGAAAUAAAUAGCAUAAAGCUUUAUUUAGCUAAAAAUGAUAAAGUCCAGUCAUGGUGGGGCAGGCUCCUCAGCCAUGAGAAGGCCUGUGUUCUAGACUUCAUCCAACGUUGAGCCUAACUGGCCGGUAUAGACGUCAUAAUCAAGUGAUGCUGCUUGGUUUGUUCCUGCCUGGUGUGGUCUAACUAACUAGUCUUCCUCUUCAGAGACAGAGAAGUGGCAAGUGGUGUUAGUUCUUUUUGUUUGUGCCUAGUUACAGAGCCAUGCUGCUUCCUUUGAGGAAACUCAGAAGAACCCCUUUCAAGGGUCACUUAGUGUUUGUUUUUAUAGUGAAUUACCCUCCAUACAUAUUUCUUUUCUAAUGACUUUCUGAUCAUUCCUCUAAUUUGGGAAGCAUACUUUUAAAGACUUUUGGUGACAUGUUUGUUUUUCUUAAAUACUUAUGGAACAGAAACACAACCUUAUGAGGCAUGUGUGUCCCCAAUGGAAUUAGAGUGGUCCCACAGUAUUAAUUCUGUUCAUCCACUAUAUCUCUGAAUUUUUCUAACUUUAAUCCUGUGAUUUUAGAGAAGAAACUAUUUUGAAGAACUUUGCUUUCCGUGCACAUGUUAAAAAUAUCGAUAGGGUAUAAGCAUAUGGAAAACUUAAUAGACAAUUUCUCCUUUCCCCUUCGUUCCCAUACAUGCAAAUGAACAUUCUUUAUAACAGCCUUGUACUUUCAAUCUGUCUUUUUUUUCAGUGAGAUCUUAGAAAUUUCAGCCCUGGGUAGUGGGCAUCACAGAUGCUGCAAAGAUGAUGGCCUCUGCUUUUGAUUCCUGGUUGUGGGAAAAAAAAAUCUCAAUGAGCCUGAAAAAUAUUGAGAAUUCUUGCUUUGUCUUGUAUUGAGUGACUGAAGAAUGUAUUUUUGAUUUAUACUGCAUACUCGCCUUUUAAAAUUGUAUCUUUUAUUUCUAGACAGAAUGGGAAGAAGGGAUGGGUUGAUACACUUUAGCUAUGACAGUUUUAAGAUAUAAGUGUGUGAAUCAUAAAGCUACUAAUUGAUCACCCUGUGUUGCAGGUGGCUUGCAUCUUCUUUUCCCUAAUGGUUUCACAGUGCUCUCCUGGUAAACCAUGAAAGCAGUAGGGCUUUGGUUUUUAUGAAAACAAAGUUACCAGUAGUUGCAGAAGACUUUCCAGUAACUUCAAAGUAAAUUAGCAACAUUGAUUUACAGCAAAAAUUUGGCAAAAAUCAGCAAAUUGGCAAUUUAAAACAUUCAUAUGCUAGAGCUGUGAUAUUAAAGUUACCAUUGUAAUAAAAAUCAGAAUAAUUUAAUACAUCGUAUGUGCUAAGAGAAUAUGAGUAAAGGUACCAUAGUUUCAGAAUGUCUUGGUUUUUAAUGUUGAUUAUGUUUAUCAUUUUUAAUUUCUUGAUUUUUUCCCCCUAAUUAUUUUCCUUUUUAAACAAUGUAAGGGGAAGAAAAAGUAACUUUUGUGAAUAAAUAGUAAUUUGUUUACUUUCAGAAAAGCUUUAUUUUAAUUUAUUUAUUAAUUACUUUGAUAAAGGGGUAAAAAUGUGGGUAGACGUAUGUUGUAACGCUUAUUUUAAGAAACUUAAAUCUCAGUGCUUUUAAUAUUGGCUGCCUGGCAUUCAUUGCAAGUAUAGUAGGUUAUUUCGUGCUGCUUCUCUUUAUAUUCAUGGUUAUGAUACUGAACUGUUAAGACCACACACAGGCAACUAGGUCUCUAGCCACUUACGCAUGUAAACAGUCUGGCUUUUUACAAAGUGGAAAAAUAUUUCUUGUGCAGUAUUUUAACAUGAUCAGCAUGUUAAGGCUCAAUCUGCAACUGUGUCAACAUUUCUUUGGCUGUAACCAUUAAUUCUGUAGCCUCUUGAUAAUAUGUAAAAUGUGAAACUGGUUUGUUUACUAGUGGGAUUUGUCAGCAAUUACUGUCUGCAUUUAGAUUAGUACUUUCAAAUAGAUAAUAGAUCAAAGAAUUAUUUUGCAUCAUCACUCUGGUUUUAGUAAAACAAAGGAAUUUUUUUUUUGCUGGCUUUGUGCUCUUUUAAGGAACAUUGGAGCAAUAAAUGUCACGAAUCUUGUUCUUCUAUCUGUUUGAUGUUAGUAGGCAGAGGUACAGUACGUUGAAUAAGAUUCUGUAUCUACUAUUUGAUGUGAAUUUAGUUAUAGGACAGGAACGUACAUCUCUUUUAGAGAGAUGAGACCUGGCUUGGCUUCAACACAACUAGGAUUUCUUAAAAUUAAUUAAUUAAUGUUUUUGGCAUUCUUAUUACUGUUAGUAACUGCAAGUGCAGUGGUCACGUGCAAUAUCAUUUAAGCACCACAUCAUUUUCAUCACAAAGAACUGUGAAGACCGCAAGUUCCGAUAGGUUGUUCUUAAUUUGUUUGUCAUGUGGAGCUAAUAACAGUAAGAUUGCAUGGAAGCGUUUUUAUGGACAUCCUGUCUAGUAAAAUAAUGUUUUUAUCUAGUGUCUCUUAUCUCUUUUCUCAAAGUCUUUAUUAAUAUAUUUAGGAAUUUAGCCUCAGGGUAUCUUUGAGGUUUUACAGGUAACAAAAAACCCCAAAUAAACCCCCAAACUUACUAGACAUAUCAACAGAACGUUGGUAAAGAUUUUUGUGUUGUUGUUUACUUAGAAAUAGACUGUAUAAUCACUAACUAAAAUUGCCACUGCUCCUAAGAAAUUUGCCAUUAAUAAAUACUGUAAUCUCAGUUACACUUUGUUAAAAUAUUCCACCUGAGCUUUUCUUGUCAGUGUGUAUAAAUCUAUGUCUUUGUUUUCCUAGAAGAGAUAAAAUAACAGCAUAGUGUGGAAUACAUAGCAAUCCAUGAGACUGCCGCUUUAAGAUCUCAAAAUACAGACAGAAUUGCAAUGUGGAUGAGCUAAAAUAUUGAAAGUCGUCAGCUGAUGGGAUAAGUUACAUUAUGAAACUGUUAAAAGGCAAACCUGUGUUUUUAAAGUUACUAUUAUGAAGUAUUUAAUAAAUGUGUCACUAUUACUUCAGUUAGUAGUUAGUUUGUAGGUCACUGUCCUUUCAUUUUUAAGACUUAAAUGCUCUUUGUGCUUAAAUUCUGUUCCUGAAUAUGACUCCAACCAGAUGUUUUGUAAGUGCUAAAAUUUGAAUUAAUUUGUUGCCCACUAAAACCCAAACAUACCAUUCUCCCAAACAUUAUAUGAACAAAGAGAAUAAAUGUGUUUCAUCAUUCCUGUUCAACUUUCUGGCCCAGGUUCAUUUCUGUUGAUAAACGAUAAGUACAAAUUACAAAGUGAGGCAGCAAAUGAUCUUUAUCUAUUAGUUAAAACUAAAUUCUUGGUCCUAGUUUUGGUUUCUGGAAUUUUAAACAUUUAACUUAAGUUGUGAGUUUUGUGAGAAGAAUUUGUUUAGUACAGUAAUUAGAACACAAUUAUUUUUUUUCCAGAACCAGUAAUCUUGCUACAUGUGAUGGCAUAGAAAAGGAGCUCCUUUGUAACUAUUCCUAACCAUUUUUUUUUUCUUUCCGUCCCGAUGUCAACUGACAGCAUGUUUGGACUCUUCAACUGUGGGAACUUUGCUGUUUUGGUGGAUGUUCAUAUUUUGCCUGAAGGCUCCAGUAAAGACACCAGCUGGUUUUCAGAUCAUGAGAAAGAGGAGGUUUGCACGCUGCUAGAAGAAGUUGUUGCUUCAAGGGUCAAACACUACUUGGAGGCACGUAAACAACGCGGUCAAUGGAAAUCAGUGGAACACGCACCAUCUGGUCCUAUGUUUCUCACUGCCAAGGGUUUUCACAUUACUGCCUACUUUAUGAAGAGAUGGAUUAAUCUCCGUUGUGCUGUAGGGAAGCAUUAUCGUGACCUACGUGUGUUUCCAGAGAAAUUUAUAGUUUGCGUCAGUAGACUUGAAUCCAACCCAAGCGCUUGGACAUGUGAAAAUGGUGUAUUGAAAGAAGAACUUUCCAAUGGGACGUCUGAAUAUUUUACUGAAUCUGCUGAGAACAAGAAGCUUAAGAUUAGUCCGAAUGAACAGAUAAAGCAAGACAUCUUGAAAGAAAUUGUGAAAAGGACGAAAACAAAGCAAAGUAGCACAAGCAAACCUCAAACCAGCAAGGGCUCUACGAACGUGUAUCUUGGCUCAGCAGACUCGCAGACAGGGACCGGCAAGAGCGAUUGUUGGACUUCUCUCCAUCCUCAGCCUGAAGUGAAAUGUCGGAGCGUGGGACAGCUAAAGGGCUGCAUCAAUAGAGCUGAAAGCAACUUGGAGCUUCCUGUUUUGGAGCUGGAAAAUGAUGUUAAUCAGAAACAGCCAGCUGAUGCUGGCAGCCAGCAACAACCUCACUCUGCGGAGCGGUUCAAGUCGAGUCUUCUAAGCGAGAACCCUCCUUGUAGCUGUGAGUCAGCACUGCUGGGUCCAAAACAAAGUCAACAAGCGACCCAAACACAGGCUCAACAAAAGAGCUGUGGUUCCGAAGAAAAGUUAGAGCAUUUUCAAGAAGUAUCCUCUAAAGGGGCUCCUUUAAUUCCUAGCAAUCUGGAAAUGAGUAAGCGUGAGGAUGGUGGUUUAGGUUCAUUCCUGGAGGAGAAGACCCCACUUAAUUCCAGGUGGUUUUCUAAAGACGCAACGAAGAUUGUAUCUGAUAAGGAGUCAUUAACUUUGGGAAAAAACCUCUCCCAGCCUCUUUCUGUGAGGAACAACGUAGAACAGACACACAAAAUUGAGCCAAAUGUAAGCACUGAAGAAUUGCCUGUGAUGCCACCGUCUUGGUUAGAACCGCAGCCUGUGUUUUCGGACAAGCUUACCCAAAAAAGAAAACAAGAAGCUGAAAAUGGUCUCAGGAAGUUAAAACUGCGAAGGCUUAAGAAAUCAUAAAGUCUGAAAUAUUACCUCGGUGGCAUGAGUGGCCAGGCACGUUUGUGUUCGGAAAGCAUAAGCAAAAUGUAGGAAGCAAUUCAAAUAAUCAAAAUAAAUAAAACGUCAAAAUUAGAUAAAAAUUUUAAAGACAAUUUAAUUAAGUAUUUUAGUCAUUUGGGACUGUAAUGGAGAUAAUUCUGUUAAGUCUUUAGGAAUUAGACAGAAAUAUUCUACAAAGCAGUGUUUUAUUUAUAGAAAGAAAAAUCUUUUAUAAUAUCUACUAAGCAAAAUUUUAGAUCUGUGUAUGUUUUAAUAGUACUAAAAAGUCAUAUCAGCUAAUGACACAAAAGUCACUUUUGUGAUCUGUUAGCAGCUGCAGUUAUUCCGUGUUUUGCUUGUUUCUGAACACAUAGUUUAUUCCAGUAAAAACUAAUCCUUUGUCUCUUUGUGUUGGGAAGUUCAUGGUUUAUUCGUACGAUCUUUCCAACGGUAAGGCAAAUUAAGGUUAUUUCCAAUAAAUCUUUCACCAGGGUCUAAUGUUGCUGAUAAUUUAAGACACACUUUUUCAGUGGGAUCUCAAAGAACUACAGUGUUUGCUUGUGCAGGUUUGAUCUGAACACUGAUUUCUAGCCCAGACUGUGAUCAUGCAUUCAGUCUUUGGAAAAAGGAAGAUUCAUUUUAUGCAUUCGGUCACCUGGAUGUACAAGCAUUGAGACUGGGAAAAGUCCAUAUAUAACCAUAUAUGCAUAUCUUUGUGCAUUCAUGUUUCAAAAUCAGGCCCCAUUUGUGUGCAAAGUGUUUUUCGGGUGUUAGCGAUACCCAAGUUCUUUCUUAUUUUAAGAUAGAGGCGACUUUUAAUUGCACAAUGUUUUUUAAUGCUACUUUUGUACUCCAAUGCGCUAAGGAAAUGUAACUUUAAUUCAUGCUUAUCUUUUAAAAAAUGUCUAAAAUAAAAUUAUAAGCAAUUUUCGCACAUCCUCUCAAAA